CUAUUUUUAAACUUCGCGUUUACUCAUGCGUGCAUUGUUAUGAAACAAAAAUAAAUUGAAAUAGGACCACUUCAUACGUUUGGCUUGGUGAACAGAUACACAAGGUAUGCCGCGGCGCGUGUUAAUCGUUGGGUCGGGGGCGGCAGGGACGGCGGCCGCUUUCAGCCUAGGAAAACACCCGAAGGUGUUUGAUGUCGAGAUAUGGGACAGGAACGCCGUGCCAGGUGGAGUGGCUUGUACCGCAAGUCUUGAAGAACAACGUGGCACUUACGUAAACUACGGUGUCCAGGGCGGGACACCAACGUAUAGAAACACGGUCAACAUUUUAUCCCUGCACGGCUUCACUACAGACCCAGUGCACAUGAUGAUAUCCUUCGGGAAAGGGAAAACGGCUUGGACGAAUUACGACGAUUCCGAUUUAACUAAGCGAUUACAAAAGGACAUUGCUCGAUUUGAGAAAACGUUGAAGUUGAUAAACCGGUUCGAGGCAUUGUUCAUUUUCCUGCCGAUCUCCAAAGUUUUGAAGUGGUUUGGGUAUUCUGAUGAAUUCAUGAAUGAAAUGGUGUUUCCAUUGACCGCAUUGUUUUUCGGGACCGGAAAUCAAACACCUGAUGUGUCGUCUGCUAUAAUGGCGCGUGUUUUUCUUGACGACGAUUUACGGCUUUUCGAUUACGACAGUGAUCGUCUGCUUAGUCAGACACCGGAAAUGUUCGCGUUUCCAAAUCUUGAGGAAAUGUAUGAAACAAUUAUAUCAAAGUCUGGAGCAAAAUAUUUCAGAAACAGGCCUGUGAAAUCCGUCUCACGUCAUCGUGAUGGUAUUGUUGUCACCGAUAAAGAAGGAGGAAAAGAAUGGUUUGAUGACGUCAUUUUUGCUUGUGACGCUGAAACAGCUCUUGGGAUACUCAAAGAUCCAAGCUUCAUGGAAAAGCAAACCCUUGGAAAUGUUCGAUACUUCAACGACCUGAUUGUCACUCAUGAAGAUGAAGAUUACAUGAACAAACACUACGAGCUUCAUAAAGAGAAAGAUCAAUAUCUAGUACGAACAGACGAAAGCGAUCCGACCAAAAUUGAAAUGUCCUUCGACCUCUCCAAUUACCAACCGCAGCUCAAGAAAAUAAGAGACGAAAAGCAGCAUGUUUUUCAGACAAUAUUCUUGGACGACGAAAACCAACGUUUUUGGACAUUUCCCAAAAUCAAAACGGAAAAGGUUAUGUAUCGGCAUUGGUGGCGUCAAUUCUCUCACACAUGGCGUCAUUUUGCUUUUAGCGUCCCUCUUAUGCGCUACAUCCAAGGCAAGCGGAACACAUAUUACGCGGGGGCGUACACGCUGGUCAACACUCACGAGGCGGCCGUCAUGUCCGGUCUGGCUGCAGCCUACCGCCUCGGCGCGCCUUAUCCAUUCGACCAUGACGCUCUAGCGAAGAAGCAGUUCAAUCAUUACUUGAUGAUGAUUCAUGGAAAACCGAGGAAGUAUGGCUGUAAUGUUGAUACGUUGGUCAGCGGGAUUCUGGCGGUGUUCAUGGGAAUCUUUGCGUUUUUCUCCAUGAUUACACGUGCAAUAGUUGACAGAACAGAAACUACAUCUGAAACAAGGAGAGGAUUCGGUAAAGCUGUGUAUAAUGGCCAACAAAUGGCAGAUGACAGCACUGGCAGAUAGAUACAUUCACCAUGCAGAGGAGUGACGUCACUUAUUGGAGCUAAUUGUCGGAAGAUUCACAUCACUUAGAAAUUAUAUUGAAUCGUUAGGAGAAUUAUUUCACUUACUUCAGACGAAUGACGCGAGGAACAAAAAUGUCAGAAGAGUGACGUCAAUGAAUGAAUUUUUUUUCUCAGAAGAUUGACGUCACAAUUUUGAACUUGAUAGGGUAUUGUAAUUUAGUAUCAGAAACAUACUUUAAUUGUCGCCAGUCAUUUAAAUAAAGGAAUUUGAUAGGAAUAUAGUACAUUCCUGUCUUUGAAAUUCACAUUAUUUUUGUAUGACUAUACAUAUGUUAUGUUUGACUCUGGUCCUUAUUCUUUGCAUUAUUGUUCUUUCCUUAUGUUAUGUACAUCUUUUUGAAAAAGCGCAUAAUUUAGAACUACUUGUUUAUUUCUAUUAUUGAUGUGAUAUAUGAAUUUUGAAUGACACCUAGUAUAUGUGGUAAUUUAUAGGCAUUUAUAUACCAUAAUUAUCGUAUUUGUGUAGUAAGAUUUAUUAAAUUGUUCCAAUGUAACAAAAAUAUUUUCAUGUUCAUUUAAAGAUGUAAACAAAAGGCAUCAUACACCUGUAUUAACACUAGCGGAUUCAGGGA